UCACUCCUUCGCGCACUCGCCCGCCCCCUCCCUCCCUCCCCUCCCUUCCCCGGCCCCGGCUCCGGCCCCGGCCCCGGCCCCGGCCCAUUCGCUGUUCGGUCUUCCGCAGGGAGGAUGUCGGGCUCGUCGCUGCCCAGCGCCCUGGCCCUCUCUCUGUUGCUGGUCUCCGGCUCCCUCCUCCCAGGGCCAGGCGCCGCUCAGAACGCUGGGUUUGUCAAGUCGCCCAUGUCAGAAACUAAGCUCACUGGGGACGCCUUUGAGCUGUACUGUGACGUGGUCGGGAGCCCCACGCCAGAGAUCCAGUGGUGGUACGCAGAAGUCAACCGGGCAGAGUCUUUCAGACAGCUGUGGGACGGUGCUCGGAAGCGCCGUGUCACCGUAAACACCGCCUACGGGUCAAACGGCGUGAGUGUGCUGAGAAUAACCCGGCUCACCUUGGAGGACUCUGGGACUUACGAGUGCAGGGCCAGCAACGACCCCAAGAGGAAUGACUUGAGGCAAAACCCCUCCAUAACAUGGAUUCGAGCCCAGGCCACCAUAAGCGUCCUUCAGAAGCCACGGAUUGUCACCAGUGAAGAGGUCAUUCUUCGAGACAGCCCUGUUCUUCCCGUCACUCUGCAGUGUAACCUCACUUCCAGCUCUCACACCCUUACAUACAGCUACUGGACAAAGAAUGGGGUAGAGCUGACUGCCACUCGCAAGAAUGCCAGCAACAUGGAAUACAGGAUCAAUAAGCCGAGAGCUGAGGAUUCAGGCGAAUACCACUGUGUAUAUCACUUUGUCAGUGCUCCUAAAGCAAAUGCCACCAUUGAAGUGAAAGCUGCUCCUGACAUCACUGGCCACAAACGGAGCGAGAACAAGAAUGAAGGGCAAGAUGCCAUGAUGUAUUGCAAAUCAGUUGGCUACCCGCACCCAGAGUGGAUCUGGCGCAAGAAGGAGAAUGGUAUGCCCAUGGACAUUGUCAAUACCUCUGGCCGCUUCUUCAUCAUCAACAAGGAAAAUUAUACUGAGCUGAACAUCGUGAAUCUCCAGAUUACGGAAGACCCUGGCGAGUAUGAAUGUAAUGCUACCAACUCCAUUGGCUCUGCCUCCGUUGUCACCAUCCUCAGGGUACGGAGCCACCUGGCCCCACUCUGGCCUUUUUUGGGAAUUCUGGCUGAAAUCAUCAUCUUGGUGGUGAUCAUUGUUGUGUAUGAGAAGAGGAAGAGGCCAGAUGAAGUUCCUGAUGACGAUGAACCAGCUGGGCCAAUGAAAACCAACUCUACCAACAAUCACAAAGAUAAAAACUUGCGCCAGAGAAACACAAAUUAAAUACUGCUUAUAAUAUCUUUAGGUUCCUGAAACUGGUGGCAACAUGAUCUGCUAAAUUUUCUGCUUGGACCUCUUUGGUUCUCUCCCCUUUUAAGUGAGCAGCACCACAAAUGACUGUCUAAAGCAUGCCUUAUUUAGCCUUUCCUGUAAGGGUGAUCUAGUCAGGUACAUUUUAAACAAUGCUUCAGUGUAGAAGGUGUAAACUAUUUGGGGCUUGAUGUGCUGUGAAUGUUGCUUUUUUUCCCCCCUUUGUUAAAAUAUUUAAGUAGAAGUGAAAAGGUCCUCUGAGGAUCGGAUCAUGCAUGCGCCAUUUUUUACUUAAUGCAGCUGUUAAAUUGGCAAAGCUCUAAAAUGCACUGCUGCCAUCUAGUGAUAACAUUUUUGUAAAGUACAGCAAAACCUACAGAUAUAUACAGUAUAUAAAUAUAUAUAUAUAUAUAUUUAUAUUUUUGGGGGUGGGAGAAAUCCAAAAUAAAAUAAAUGCUUGUUUCAUUUUUUAGCUGCUGAUAUUCAUUCCUUACUGUAUGUUGUCAGAUGAGGAGAUUGUGCAGUUCUGGUACAUAAAGAUGAGUAAUAUAAACUGAAAUCUAUAAUUUUAAGGGCUUAACCUAUGACUUUGAUAAAAAGCUGGAACACUCCACUGAAUGGAUAUAUUGAAUUGCAGUAUAUAUGUAUGAUUGCUUUUUAAGUGAUUAUUUUUUCUUCUGUUAAAUCAUGUAAAUUCUUAAAUCCUUUUGCACUGAUGUGUUGAACCUUAUUGUACAUUCAAUUAAGGCAAACUUUUAUAAUUUACCUUUUGUUUUCAAUGACCUUGAAAUGUUAUAGCAUGGUAUUCUAUGCAACUAGUUAUCCUCUGGGGUUGACACUGUAUUUUUCACAUUGAUUUAAAACAGUUGAGUGUAGAUUUUCUCACCCGGCAGGGUUCUCAUGCGGUGUGUAACCGUAGAUGCAUGUACUUGUGUUCUGUGUAAGUGUUGAAGUGCAAUGAUGUAUAAAAAAGUGGAUUCACUGUUUUUAAAAAUAAAACAUUGAUAAAAGGUG